AUGUUAUGUACUGAGCUGAAUCCUAGAACAAUAGGAUUCAGAAUCAGCAGGAGCUACCCAAUCCAACUCCAGGUGGAAGUGAAUCCGCAACCUGAUUGGCCUGCUGGAGCAGCCAAUCAGGCGGCUGGCAGAAGUGAAUCUGCUACCUGAUUGGCCUGUAGGAGCAGCCAAUCAGGCUGCAGGCAGAAGUCAAUCCACAAUAUAAUUGGCCCACAGGUGUAGCCCUGAAGUAGCCAAUCACGCAAGGCCCAUUGUGUAAAUAAUGUAUAUAAGCAGAUGGUUUUGGGAAAAGAGCCAUUCGUCUUCUCUUCUUCUACUUGAUGAAUAUGAGCUGAAUAAAGAGCAUGAAAUUCACUCUCGACUCCGAGUAUAUUUCACUGGCGACGAAGGUGGGAUCCUGCUGAGCUGACCGCCACCACACACUGCACCGCAGCACCGCCACCUGCUGCACCGCUGCAUCGCACCGUGCAUCCAGGCUUCAGCUCCAGGACCCAAGGAACCCAGAAUGGCAACCGACAGCAGCUUCUUGCCAUUCAAACCAGCAUCAGGAGACUGGGAAGGGUACGCCGCCCGUUUCAACUUCCUCCUGCAAGCGAAAGAAGUCACCAACGAUGCCAUGAAGAGGGCGACAUUCUUCAGCGUCUGUGGAGAGGAGACGUUUGAAAUCGCCCGGGCUCUCCUUGCACCUAGUGAUGUCGCUACCGUCUCUUACAAAACAAUAAUGGAACGGCUGAAGGAGCACUUUUCACCACAGCCCUCGGUGGUAGCUUGCCGAAAUGCCUUCUACGCAAAGCGGCAAGCCCCGGGGGAAACCAUAACUGGGUUUGUGACCUCCCUCCGCCAAGCCGCCCGGUUAUGCAACUUCUCAGAGUUGGAGAACAUGCUUCGUGACCGCCUCGUCGGUGGCCUGAGGGACGAGAUGUUGCAACGACGCCUCUACGCCAAAAAAGACCUCACGUUCCAGAUUGCUCUGGAGGAAGCCCUGGCAACCGAAGCCGCCGAGAGGUCAACGCAAGAGGCACGACCGGCCCCGCCAUCCCAACCGAGGGUCUACCACGAAGACCUCACUGACGAAUCCGAAUCUGACAGGGAGGAAGUACACCGAGUACAGCGGCGCACUCAAGCAGCACACACACCACAGCAGCCUCGACGAGAAGGAGGGAACUGUGCAAGCUGCGGGGAGAACCACGAGAGGAGGACCUGUCGUUUCCGCAACGCAGAGUGCAGGCAGUGCAGAAAAUUGGGACACAUCGCCCGGGUGUGUCGGGCUCGACUCACCCGUCGACAAGCAUCAGAUGACCGACCCAGGAGCCCCAGGUCACACGGCACCAUGCACCAAGGCAACUCGACGGAGAUCACGGACUACCAGGUAUUCCAGUUGCCCCAUCCCAGCACAGAGAAAAUUUAUAUAGAGGUACAGAUAGAGGGAGCCCCAUGCCGCAUGGAGCUGGACACGGGUUCAACUCUAUCCAUAAUCUCGGCCCGAACAUUAAGGGAACUGUGCCCUAAUGGGGGUCCCAAACUAAGGCCGGCCCCAUUCACCCUCCGGGACUUCCAGAAACGUAAGGUCCCUACAAUGGGGGUGGGGACCUUCAGGGUGCAAUAUCGAGGGCGAAAGCAACAAUUGGACUUGCUGGUAGUUAAGGGCCCCUACGUUAGCUUACUGGGACUGGCAUGGUUUGGACCUCUGGGGCUAGCCGUUACCGGGGUGAACCGCACUAGCUUACAAGUGGACGUGGACGCCAUAUGCAAAGAGUUUCCAGGGGUUUUCGAUGGGGCAUUGGGACGAUAUACAGGACCCCCCAUUGCCCUACAGCUAGACCCCGCUGUACGACCCAUCAGGCACAAGGCUCGCCGGGUCCCGUUCGCCCUGAAACCCCGCAUAGACGAGGAAUUGGACCAGCUCGUGGAGCAAGGAGUGCUGGAGCCGGUGCCCAACGCCCCCUGGGAAACUCCAAUUGUCACACCCGUCAAGCCUAACGGUUCGGUCCGCAUCUGUGCAGACUACAAAUGCACCAUAAACAAGGCUCUCACGGCCCAUGCAUACCCAGUGCCAGUGGUCAGCCAUGUCCUCGCCACCCUGGCUGGGUCAAAAAUCUUUGGCAAACUGGACUUGGCCCAAGCGUAUCAACAGUUGCCUGUGGACGAAGCCACAGCAGAGGCUCAGACGAUUGUGACGCACAGAGGGGCAUUCAGAGUAAAGCGGCUGCAAUUUGGCGUUAGCGUGGCACCAGGCAUAUUCCAGAAUCUAAUGGACUCCCUCCUUAAAGGGAUUCCUGGCGUCACCCCCUUCUUCGAUGAUGUACUGAUCGCCGGGCCCACACCAGAGGAAUUUGAGGACCGCCUCCGCUCCGUCCUGCACCGUUUCCAGACGGCGGGCCUCAAGGUGAAGCGGGAAAAGUGUUUACUGGGAGUGCCGCAGGUGGACUUUCUGGGAUUUAAGGUGGACGCAGAAGGGGUCCAUCCAACCGGUGACAAGGUACGGGCCAUUUGUGAGGCCCCAGCGCCCAAGAGCAAGCCCGAACUUCAGUCAUUCUUGGGACUAUUGAACUUUUACCAUGCCUUCCUUCCCCAUAAGGCAGCGGUAGCGGAGCCCCUACACAGACUCCUAGAUAAAAGGGCCCCUUGGGUGUGGGGCCAGCGACAAAGGGCCGCAUUCCAGGCAGUCAAGGACUUGCUCGUCUCGAACUCGGUCUUGGCACACUUCGACGAGAGGCUGCCAGUGGUGCUGGCAUGCGACGCCUCUCCCUAUGGCAUCGGCGCUGUCCUGGGACACCAACUCCCGGAUGGAAGAGAGGUGCCGGUGGCAUACUUCUCCCAGACGCUUGCUGCAGCCGAACGAAACUACUCACAGAUUGACAAGGAGGGUCUGGCAAUCGUGAAGGGCGUAAAAAAAUUCCAUGAUUUCUUAUACGGGCGGCCCUUUACCAUAGUGACUGACCACAAGCCGUUGCUUGGCCUGUUUGCCCCCGAGAAGCAGACCCCCCAAGUGUUGUCUCCACGUGUCCUCAGGUGGUCAAUUUUCCUUGCCGGCUACCAGUAUGCACUAAUCCACCGCCCUGGGAAGGCGAUGGGCCACGCAGACGCACUCAGCAGGCUACCACUACCAGAAACAGGCCCCGACCCAGCGCCUGCGCAAGAGGUUAUGACCCUGGAGCUGCUUCCCGACCGACCCAUUCAGGCACAAGAAGUUGCGCACCAUUCCACAAAAGAUAGGGUCAUCUCCCGGGUCCUGGACUGGGUGUGGCGAGGAUGGCCCAGCAGCAGCCCCGGGCCAGAAUUCGCUGGCUACACAAACCGCAAACAUGAACUGUCGGCCCACAAGGGGUGCCUGUUAUGGGGAAGCAGGGUUGUUGUUCCCCAGCCCCUCCGCAAAAGGGUCCUCACAGCCCUACACGAGACACACCCAGGGGUAGUGAGGAUGAAGGCCCUUGCCAGGAGUUAUGUGUGGUGGCCGGGGAUUGACAGAGAGAUAGAGGCCUGGGUCCAACACUGCCAGACCUGCCAAGAAUCCCGCCCGGAUCCCCCAAGGGCCCCAGUCCAGCCCUGGGAGUCCGCCCGACAUCCAUGGUCACGCUUGCACGUGGACUUCGCUGGCCCCUUCCAGGGAAAAACAUUCUUCAUAGUGGUGGAUUCCUACACCAAAUGGCUGGAGGUCGCACUGGUACCGUCCACUUCUACGGCGGCAGCCAUCCGGGUACUACGUAAGCUGUUUGCAACCCACGGGCUCCCUGACACCCUCGUCUCGGACAAUGGAACCGCAUUCACGUCAGAGGAGUUCCAGACCUUCACAGCGCAGAACGCCAUCCGCCACAUCCGCUCAGCACCAUUCCACCCUGCCACCAAUGGCCAAGCGGAGCGCAUGGUGCGGACCACCAAGGACAGCCUCCGCCGCAUAACACAAGGGGACUGGGAAUACCGCCUUGCCGCAUUUCUUCUAGCACAGCACAGCACCCCAAGCACAACGACGGGCCGGAGCCCAGCUGAACUACUCAUGGGCCGGCGCCUUGCAACUAGACUGGACCGACUUCACCCCGACAGAGCUCAGGAUGAGGUAGUGGUGGGGAAAGGCAGGAACCCCCGGACAUUUGUGGCCCAGGACCCAGUGUAUGCAAAGAAUUUUGGGGCAGGCCCAGCAUGGGUACCCGCCACAGUCACCAAGGUGACCGGUCCCGUGUCGUACGAGGUACUAACGGAAGGGGGGCAAUGUUGGCGCCGCCACUGCGACCAGCUACGGCGACGAUUCCCAGGAGGAACCCGGGAGGAGAGCGGGACAGAGGGGUCCCAAGGGGACAGCAGGGCAGUGAGGCCUGUAGAGCGAGAGGGGUGGGCAGGGGAAGCAGAAGCAGUAGGCACAGAGGGGCGCCCCGAGGCUGGAAGGACACCGGAACCAGAGUCACAACCGAGUGGUUCAGUGGCGCCAGACCAGACAGCCCCGGCACAGCCAGCAGCCUCGGAACACGAGCCAGAACCAGAACCCCUGACCAAGGAACACCCCAGGCCACAACGCACACGGAGGCGGCCAGCAGACCUUGGGGACUACGAAUGCAACUUCCCGGGCAGGACUGGAACUUAGAGGGGAGGGGUGUUAUGUACUGAGCUGAAUCCUAGAACAAUAGGAUUCAGAAUCAGCAGGAGCUACCCAAUCCAACUCCAGGUGGAAGUGAAUCCGCAACCUGAUUGGCCUGCUGGAGCAGCCAAUCAGGCGGCUGGCAGAAGUGAAUCUGCUACCUGAUUGGCCUGUAGGAGCAGCCAAUCAGGCUGCAGGCAGAAGUCAAUCCACAAUAUAAUUGGCCCACAGGUGUAGCCCUGAAGUAGCCAAUCACGCAAGGCCCAUUGUGUAAAUAAUGUAUAUAAGCAGAUGGUUUUGGGAAAAGAGCCAUUCGUCUUCUCUUCUUCUACUUGAUGAAUAUGAGCUGAAUAAAGAGCAUGAAAUUCACUCUCGAC